UAGAUCUGAGUACUACGCGACGUAUUAUUUUGGAGCCGCUUAAACGUGACCUAUUUUAUGUUUAUAAACUGACCGCAGGCUACAACACUGAAGUGAACUCCAAGAUCGAGGAAAGUUUAUAUAUUUGUUUUAAAUGUGCCUAAAUUGAUUCGCACUGAACGCAUACAGCUGGAUGUACGUCCCAAUGAAUGAAGUUGGCUCGUCGUUAUUAGAAAAGUCCAACGUUAUUUACCUCUAAAACGCGACAAUCUCAGCUGUUAACAACGUUUGUUUACAUUUCUAUUUUGAAAAAGUAGUCUGCGUGUAACAGUAAGACAUGGCCACUGUUGCCCAGUCCAAUUUCAUCUUCGGCUUACGGAGAGGGGUGACCAAUAACUUGUGUUUCCUCGACGACCAAACCGUGGUCUUCCCCAGUGGAAACAACUGUAUCCGUUACAACAUCGACCAGAAAUGGCAGAAAUUCAUCCCAGGCACAGAGAGGAGCCUGGGCUUGCAGGCCAUGGCUCUCAGUGCUAACCGACGCUACCUAGCGGUCUCGGAGAGCGGGGAGAAGCCCACCAUCACCGUGUACGACCUCACGCACGAGCAGGGCCGCAAGAGGAAGCUCCUGACCGCCGGCGACGGGCCGGCCGGAGAGUUCCUCUGCAUGGCCUUCUCCCCCAACUCCAAGUACCUGGUCGGCCAAUCAGGAGGCCCGACCUGGACCCUGGUGUUGUGGCUUUGGGAGAGGCAGAAGGUGCUGGCCACGGUCAGCAGCAGUGAUGGGGACCCCGUGAGCCAGGUGAGCUUCAACCCCCUGGACGACACCCAGUUGUGCGUGAGCGGGCCGGGCCUCGUGUGCCUCCUCAACUACCGCGAGGGAGUCCUGAAGCGGCAGAGCCCGGCCAAGGUGAAGGGCGUGGCCGUGCUGUGCCACGCCUGGGUGUCCGGCACACGCGUGGUCGCCGGCACAGACCAGGGCCGCCUGCUGAUGGUCGAGUCUGGGGAGCUGCGCUGGGACCUGGACGCCUGGACCAGACCCGCCCAACUGCUGGAGACCAGACACACUGACAACAAGCCGCCAAGAGAAGCCAGAGUGGAGGGAACCGCCGCUUCCCCGAGCGGCGAGGGCCCCGGGACCACCCCCACCAGCGGCGCGGGCCCCGGGGCCACCCCCCCCAGCGGCGAGGGCCGCGGGGUCACCGCCAUCCUGGCCUACUCCAAGGGCUUCAUGUGCUCCGUGGGGCCCGGGACCGUCUGCGUGUUUGAGAACACGGAGGAGAUGGACAGCUACCGCAAGACCCGGGAGCUCCUGAUCCCCCCCGACCCGUGCACCUACGAGCCCGGCCGAGCCCAGCAGCAGCAGGUGGCCACGCUGUGCCUCAGCCCCGGGGAGGAUACCCUGGCUCUCAGCACCCAGCAGGGGCAGCUCUACGCCAUCAACCUGAUCUCCACAGAGAUCAGCAGGGGGGAGCCAGCGCAUUUCGAGUUCCUGUCCAGCUCCUUCCAUACCAAGUCCAUCACGGGCCUGUCCGUCUGCAUCCGCAAGCCGCUGGUGGCCAGCUGCUCCCUCGACCGCUCGGUCCGCGUCUGGAACUACGACACCAAUGUGCUGGAGCUCUACAAGGAGUUCCAGGAGGAGGCCCUCAGCGUGUCUCUGCACCCCUCCGGCCUCUUCCUGCUGGUGGGGUUCACCGACAAGCUGAGGGUGAUGAACCUGCUGAUCGACGACAUCCGCACCGUCAAGGAGCUCACCCUGCGGGGCUGCCCAGAGUGUGUGUUCAGCCAUGGCGGUCACCUUUUCGCAGCCAUCAAUGGGAAUGUCAUCCACAUCUACUCGGUCACGACCUUCGACAACAUGCUGACGCUGAAGGGACACAAUGGGAAGGUUCAGGCCGUGGCGUGGAGCGCGGACGACAGUCGGCUGGUGUCGUGCGGCACGGACGGCGCCGUGUACGAGUGGAACGCACACAGCGGCAAGCGCGAGUCGGAGAACGUGCUCAAGUCCUGCGUCUACGCGGGCGUGGCCGUCUCCUCCGACGCCAGGACCAUCUUCGCGGCGGGAACGUCCCUCAAGGAGAUCCAGGACUCGCAGGUCCUGAGGGAGCUGUCCGGGGACGACGUCACCUACACAGCCCUCGCCCUGUCCCGCUCCGGGAAGGUCAUCUUCACCGGGACCUCCAGCGGCACGGUCCGAGUGGUCCGGAACCCCCUGCCCCUGCAGCAGGACUGGACCGAGUACCAGGCGCACUGCGGGCCCGUCACCAAGGUGCUGGUGACCUUUGACGACCAGCUCCUGCUGACGGCGUCAGGGGAUGGCUCUCUGAUGGUCUGGAGGAUCCUGGACAAGGAGAGCCGGAGGGACAAGGAGCUGUCCUACACAGAGGAGAUCCUCAUCACCAAGACGGACCUGGAGGAGAAGAACCAGAAUAUGCAGGAGCUGAAGACCCGGGUGGAGGAGCUGAGGAUGGAGAAGGAGUACCAGCUCCGUCUGAGUGACAGCCGCUACAACGAGAAGAUCAAGGAGCUCUCCGACACCUUCAUCCUGGAGAUCCAGGCUCUGAAGGCCAAGAACCAGAUGAUGGAGGAAGAAGGGGAGAAUGCAGCGCUGGCUCACCAGGAGGCCAUGACUGAGUUAAGGGAGACCUUCUCCAAAGAGCUGCUGGAUUCAGAGUCGUCCAGCAGCCAGAAGCUGCUCCUGGAGUACUCUAAGAACCUGGAGCAGCAGCGUCAGAGCACGGCCCAGCAGGAGGAGAACGAGGCCCGGCUGGAGGCCCUGGAGCAGAGCCACGCCCGCGCCCUGGGGGAGCUCCGCCUCUCCUACCAGGAGCAGCUGCAGCACACCUCCCAGCAGCUGGCCAAGGUCCAGAGCGCGGCGGCUCUGAGCCAGCAGGCGGCGCUGGAGAGCCGGCGGCAGGCGGAGGAGGACAGCGAGCUGGAGGUCCAGACGGUGCAGCAGGACUACGAGGAGAGGCUCUACAGGGGGGGAGAGAGCUACCUCACCCUGAAGGGGGAGGCCGGCAUCAUGAGGAAACAGCUGGACAGCCUUCGGCGGGAGGUGGAGGAGCGCUGUGAGGACAUCGAGCGGCUGAAGAAGGAGGCCGGCCGGCUGCAGGGGGUGAUCCGCUCCCUGGAGACGGACAUCCUGGGCCUGAAGAAGGAGAUCUCUGAGCGCGUGGAGACCAUCCAGGACAAGGAGAGGGUGAUCUGCGACCAGGGGAAGAAGAACCAGGAGCUGGAGAAGAUCAACUUCCUGAGGAACAGCAUGCUGGAGGAGCAGAAGAAGAGCAUGGCCCCCCGGGACAGCGCCAUCACAGAGAUGAAGGCGCAGAUUCAGGAGAUGGAGGCGGAGCUGAAGCUCUUCCAUGAGGAGAACACCCAGCUGGAGCUCCACGUGUCGGACCUCAAGCUGAAGCUCAGGGCCACGGCCAAGGAGAGGAACAAGGAGAUGCAGAAGGUGAAGCAGUCGGAGGGCCUGGUGCGGAGGUUCCAGGUGGACCUGCACCGGUGUGCAGCCCUCCUCCAGGAGCCGGGCCAGCUGAAGAAGGCCGUGCAGGAGAUGUACGGCUGCUACAUACGGCCGGGGGACGUGGUGGAGAUAGUGGGCGUGGACGAGGACAUUCAGAGGGAGUGGGCGAGGCAGCGAGACCACCUGGAGAAGACGGUGAGCUCCCUGAAGGUCCAGCAGGCCAAGGACUCGGAGCAGCAGCAGCAGAAGAACCUCAAGCUCAUGAGGGAGAACACGUCUCUGAUCCAGGAGAUCAACGAGCUGCGGAAGGAGCUGCAGACCGUGAGGACCCUGCUCCACAGCCUGCAGCUCCAGAAUGUCGCCAGCGCCCGCAAGAAGGGCCCCCGAGGCGGCCCGGCCCACCAGCUCGCCGGGCCCCGAGGCGGCCCGGCCCACCAGCUCGCCGCGGCCAGGAGCCCGUCGGCGGAGAGCGGGCCCCCGGUGCAGCGCCUGGACUUCCAAGAGGAGGCGGAGCGGAUCAUCCAGCUGCAGCGCACCCAGAUCCACCAGCUGAAGCAGGACCUCCGGCACCAGGAGUCAGCCUUCAGACCCCCCCCAGCCUCCAGCCCCACCCCCACCGCCCCCACCACCACCAGCACCACCACCCCCAGGCUGCCCAAGCUGUAGACGAGGUGGCCAUCAGGCGUCUCUCAGGGCUCCUCCCAGUUGAAGCUUCACACGAUGCACCUUUGAUGAAAAUAAAUAGGAUGACAACGCUGGUAAAAAUG